UAACUACUAUUGAAUCACAGACCGCCAACCCGCCUAUCGGACGAUAUGGCUUCUCUUGAGCAACCCAAGAUCAAGCUUUACUGGCUCAACGCGUCCAGGGCGCAACGGAUUCUAUGGCUUCUCGAGGAGCUGAAUCUCACAUACGAACUGGUGGUCUUCCAUCGCGACAAAGACAUGUUUGCACCACCAGAGCUGGCCAAAAUCCACCCCUUGGGCAAAUCUCCACUAGUUUCCAUCGCGGCUCCUGGCUCAACCGAGGAACUCGUCCUUGCAGAGAGCAGCUUCAUUGUCCAGUAUCUCUGUGAUCACUUUGCCCAAGGCACCAACCUGGUGCCGAAGCGAUACAGGCCUGGACACGAAGGCAAGGUCGGCGGCGAAACCGAAGAGUGGCUGAGGUAUCAGUACUUUCUCAAUUUCUCCGAGGGGAGUCUGAUGCCGAACAUGCUCAUAUCCUUGGUCCUCUCUAUCUUCAAAGGCGACAAAGUGCCCAGAGUGAUCCGCCCCGUGACGGGAUUUGUCGCGAAUAAAAUCACCGCAGCUUUCCUCGACCCUAGUGUCAAGGGACAACUCGCGUUCCUCGAAUCCCAGUUGGCCACUUCGCCAGGAGGCGGCAAUUACCUGUGCGGCCAGCACCUUACUGCCGCUGAUAUCCUCAUAAGUUAUCCUCUCCUCGCUGCCCGAGGGCGAUUUGCGCAGCUGGUCGUGGAUGGGAAGAAAUUGUCGGAUGCAUAUCCGAAACUAUGGGCUUAUGUGAAUCGCCUCACUGCAGAAGCGGCCUACAAGAAGGCCGAAGAUAAGAUCGAAGAGAUUACGGGGGAGAAGGAGAGUCUGCUGCCACAUUAGUUUUGGUAUUUGAUGCGGGUCGAGCUGCGCUCUGUGUAUGGUAUCGAGAAAACUAGGGCUACGUAACUACUUGUGCUGCGAGCAUCUGUCUGUCUUUCAAAAGAUGUUGAAAGUUGUCGCGUUCUCAUGCCCCGAUCCCACUGCUUCGCCAUCCAUAACGCCAUCGCAGUACGCCUCUCCUACGUAUUGCCAUGAUGUAUCACGACCAGACAGACUCGAGCCGACCCUCUGCCUCAAGAUAUGCGGUACCGUUCCACCAAAG